AUGCCGGGCACAACAUUCUUAGAGGAGGAGGACAAGCAGUUGGUGCAAAUUGCCCGUGAAUAUGCUGAGCGCGGAACAGGAAGAAUCGCAUGGAAGGACGUCGCGCAAAAGAUGAAGCGUUGGGGCCAAACUCCUGCGGAGCUUGCCCAAAGAGUAUCUUCGCUGAAGCGCACGUUUGGAACCGACUUGGCCAAGUUCCCGCGUUCGUUUUACACUCCUGUU